UUUGGGUUUUUUUAAACCCAAAAAAAGUUGAAUUCAAAGGAAUUAGGAGCUUUACUUUUUGAGUGAACUCUCCAAAGCAAUGGCAAACAAUCCCUCGCAGCAUCUUCCAUCAGAGUUGAUAGACAGGUGCAUAGGGUCCAAAAUAUGGGUGAUAAUGAAAGGUGACAAGGAGCUCGUGGGUACUCUUAGAGGCCUUGAUGUCUACGUUAACAUGGUCCUUGAAGAUGUUACUGAAUAUGAGAUCACUUCUGAAGGAAGACGGCUCACAAAGCUUGAUCAAAUUCUGUUUAAUGGAAACAACAUUGCCAUUCUGGUCCCGGGAGGCUCACCUGAUCCAGAAUGAGGUUGUAAGCUACUUCCUGUUUCGAUGGUAUUGAUUCCAUAUCGAGUUCCCAGUUUUAAUGAGAAAGUUGGCGUAGAAGGAAACCUCUUCUUGUUAUUCAACCUUCCUCAAUGUAAGAUUCCCAAGUUCGAUUAUAGGACAGAGUUGGGCCAGUCGGCUACGAUUACUGUAAUGGUUAAUGAUUCGAUCAUGCUUAUCAUAACUUUGAUAUUUUUUUCUCUAAUUUGAUUAUAGCUGCAUCAUCAUAUAUGAU